UCCAUUGGGGACACGAGAGUUAUUUCGUCAAGAACCCCACGGAGACUAAAUCGUUCCGCGCAUUCCGUAUCAACUUCGAUGGCCCGCUGACCGAAUCUGCGCCUCAAGCCGUGCUGUGAUAUAAAUAGGAAUUGUCGUAGAAUCUCUGAGAAUAAAACCCUUAAUUUGUUGCGUCUUUGAGAGAAAUGCAUUCCCUGGCAUUAUUUGGACUUUUGUGUGGUGGCCUCAUGGCAAUUAGCUGGGCAGCCACCACUCAACCACCGCCACUGAUCCGGACACUUAGUGCCGGUGGAGAUAUUGGACCCCAGUUUAAAUUCGAGGAUCAGCAGUCCCGCAAAAAGGAACCAGAAGAUGCGGAAUUCUGGCACAAAGUAGCUAUGAGGCAGUUGGAGAAAACGAUCAAGCAGGCGGAGAAAGUGGGGGAGAAGUCCUACCGGAAGAAGGCCAAGAAUAUUAUCAUUUUCAUUGGUGAUGGCAUGGGUGUGUCCACGAUCAGUGCUGGUCGCAUCUACAAGGGACAGUAUCUGAAGCACGGUCAUGGCGAGGAGGAGUCGCUGGUCUUUGAUGACUUCCCCAACACGGGAAUGGCAAAGACUUAUAAUGUGGACAAACAGGUUCCUGAUUCCGCUGGAACGGCCACGGCUUUGUUUAGCGGAUCGAAGACACAUUAUGGAGCCAUUGGAGUGGAUGCCACUCGCUCCAAGACAAAUGCCAAAACCGGUCGCGUCCAGAGUAUUAUGGAGUGGGCCCAAAAAGAGGGAAAGCGCACUGGAAUAGUCACCACGACCAGGAUCACACAUGCCACGCCAGCUGCCACCUAUGCUCAUAUUUACGACCGGGAUUGGGAGUGCGACACCGAGGUUCCUGCGGAGUCCGUGGGCAUUCACGUGGAUAUUGCACGACAGCUGGUAGAGAAUGCCCCGGGAAAUCGUUUCAAUGUUAUCCUAGGAGGAGGAAUGUCGCCCAUGGGAAUCUUAAACGCAUCGGAGGUGCGGACAACAGUCUUUGAGGGACCAACGGAAACCAUUUGCGAGAGAGGCGAUGGCAGGAAUCUGCCUGCCGAGUGGUUGGCUCAUCAUGCCAAUGAUUCUGUGCCUCCUGUCUUGGUUCACAACAGAAGGGAUUUGCUGAAGGUCAAUGUCAAGAAGGUGGAUCAUCUGAUGGGUCUGUUCCGGAACAAUCACAUCACCUACUCCAUAGCCAGAGAGAAGGGAGAGCCGUCGCUGCAAGAUAUGACCGAGGUGGCACUGGCAGUCCUAGAUAGAGGCGACGAUUCCGAAGGAUAUGUGCUUCUGGUGGAAGGAGGUCGCAUCGAUCAGGGUCACCACAUGAACUAUGCCCGUGCAGCCCUCCACGAGGUCUAUGAAUUCGACCUGGCCAUCCAGACGGCGGUGAAUAACACGAAUCCCAAGGAAACUUUAAUUCUGGUGACGGCCGAUCACUCUCAUGCUGUUACCUUCAAUGGAUAUGCUCUCCGAGGCGCAGAUAUUCUAGGAGCAGCCAACUCGCAUGAGAAAAACGAUCCCAUGUUUUAUGAGACCAUAUCGUAUGCCAAUGGACCCGGCUACUGGGAUCACUUGGCGAAUGACUCGCGGCCCCAGAAUAGCUCCAACAUGUGGAUGCCUCUGAAUCAGUUUACGGCCGAGGAGCGAACAGCUCCCACCUAUCGACACUUGGCCACAGUGCCCCGAAAAGACGAGACUCAUGGCGGUGAAGAUGUGGCAGUAUUUGCCUACGGUCCUGGUUCCAGUCUUGUCCGCGGCGUCUUCGAGCAGAACUAUCUGGCCUAUGUGAUGAGUUAUGCCGGCUGCCUUGGUCCAGCCAAGAACUAUGACGACUCCUGCGAGGAUCAUAAUGAUCAUGAUGUUUAUGGUGAAAGCAAUGCCGCCGUUUUAGUGGCUGCUUCGAUGCCCAUUUUGAUAGGUGCUUUUGCGGCGUUCCUUCUGUGCGUUGACUUUUAAUUCCUGUUGAUUUAAUUAGUAUUACGGAUUGUUGUUUUAAAUGUUUGUGAAUGAGGGAGAGAUUGUUGAUAUUUACCAAAUAGACAUACUAAAAAUUA